GAAAUGGAAUAAACUCAAUUUUCUUUGAAAUAAGUUUGCAGAUAAAGAAUGAAAAGUUUAUUUGUACAAUUAAGAAUUGAUAAUCCUAACUUAUCAUCAUCAAUUCUUGUUGUAGAUUAAAAAACAUUGAAAAUAGUAUCUGCUUAUAUGAAGAUGUCAGAGUAAAAAUAAAAAUAAAAAUAAGAUUGUUAGAAUAAGGAAUUAAUGCAGUUGAAAAUUUACAUUUGAAAAGAAAACCUUUCAAUUUAGAGGCAAUUUACUUUAUAACUCCAACUUAAGAGUCUAUUGCUUAUUUAAUUGAGGAUUUUGAAAAUGCUUAAUUUCCAUAAUACAAAUGUGCUCAUGUGAUUUUUAAUAAUAAAAUGCCAUAAGGAAUAGUACAAAAGAUAUAAGCUGAAUAGAAUUUAGUUAAGAAAUUAUCAAGUUGUAAAGUAUUCAAUUUAGAUUUUAAUUGUACUAAUGAAUAAUUAUUCACAUUUGAUAUGAUUUUUGGAUUAGAAGUGUACAAAGGAAGUAUGUAUUUACUUAAAGCAAGGAAAUAUAAUUUUAUAAGAGAUGGCUGAAAAAAUAUGUACAGUUUUAGUAUCAUUUGAUAAAUUUUACAGUUUUGAAUUGAUAUUUAGAUAAGAUAAUUGGAAAAUCUGUUAAUAAUUAGCAUAAUUUACAUAAGGAAGGUUAAGAGAAAUAUUAGAAACAUUAAAAAGAGGCAAUAAUUCACAAUAUGAUUGUAAAGAUAAAACUUGUGGGAAAAUAAGAGUAGUAAUUGUUGAUAGAGCAAUAGAUGCAUUAUCACCAUUGUUACAUGAUUUUUAUUAUUAACCUAUGUUUUAUGAUUUAUUGGAGAUAGAAAAUGAUAUAUAUUAAUAUGAAAUGUAAUAUAGUGAUAAGAAAGUAUCAAAAAAAUAAAUUUUAAAUGAUUAAGAUGAAUUAUUUAAGAAAUAUAAAUUUAAACAUAUUGCUGAUGUUUUAGAGGAAGUAAGUAGUGAUUUUUAAACAUUUAUGUAAACUAAUACUGCUGCAAAAGUAGCUAAAGAUAAAGAAUAAAGUUUAACUUUAAAAUAAAUGACUGACAUUGUUAAAACUAUGCCUUAAUAUUAAGAUUUAGUAGCUAAAUAUACAAUGCAUAUGGAAAUUGUUGAGAAAUGUUUAGAUUUAUAUAGAUAGAAGGAUCUUUAAGAAGUAGGAGAAUUAGAAUAAACAUUAGCUACAGGAUGUGAUAAGAAAGGAUCAUCUGUAGCAGGAGAGAAGAUUAUUUAAAGAGUAUCUAAUUAUUAAUAUAAAUUAUUAGAUUAUUUAAGUUUUAAAAAAUCCAAAAUUAAAUGAAUAUGAUUAAGCACGUUUAAUAUUAUCUGCUAUAAUUUAAAUUGAUUUAAGUGAAAAAGAUAGGAGAUAAUUAACCGAUAUUCUAUCAAUUGAUAUGCAAAAUGCUGUUCAUAAUCUUAAAUUAAUUGGAAUCUAAACUUAAAAUAGUGGUGGCAAAGUAAAAUUCUAUGUUUUUAGUUUAGUCCCAUAAAAGAGUUAAUGAAUAAGUAAGAAAGUAUGCUAAAAAUAAGAUGGCUAACGAAACUUUAGAAUUAUGUAGAAAUACUCCUAUUAUUGAAUAAUAAAUUGAAGAAUUAAUACUCAAAGAUUUCUAGACUUCUGGAAAUUAUGAAAAGAUAGUUUUAAAUGAAUAAUAAAAUGCUUAAGGUUAAGGUAAAUCACUUAGAUAAAAGGGAUAAAUCAAAUUGAUGUAAGAUGAUGUUGGAUUUGAUGAAUAAGAUAAAUUAGUAUUUAUUUAUUUUAAAUUUAGAUAAUUUUUGUUGUUGGAGGUAUUGGAUAUAAUGAAGCUAGAAGUUUAAUGAAUAACAAACUUAUUAAUAAAAAUUUAAUUAUUGGAAGCACAUUUUUAUUAAGACCUAAUGAUUAUGUUAAGGAACUUGUGAAAUUAUAAAAAAUAUGA